AUGGCGAACAUGGAGCGCAGACGUAAAGAGUUGCAAUCGGAAGACAUUGAAAACUUGUUGGAAAAAUCAAAUUUAGAAGAUUAUUUGCUAUUCGAAGAAGAUCUAGACGAUCCUCCUUUUGUGGGUUCACUAGAAAAUAUACCGUCCAGCUCAAGUGACAACGACAACGAGAGUGAAAAUGAGAGUUGUGACAUACGGGAUGAAAUCUUUAGCUGUUUUUGUUCUGUUACGCCAAAGAAGUGUAACUUCUUACGUGCGUACAUAAGUGCGUACUUAGACGGAGUCGUGGGACACUUA